AUGCAUCAGCUGGCCCAAGACCGGCGGGCGCUGCUGCGCUACCUGCUGCAGGACCUGCAAGUCCGCGGCAGGGACGUGCUGCUUCCCGUGGGCUGCUCCGACUUUGACGAGUGGCUGCUGGAUGCGCUGUCUGUGGAGAGGCUGCUGAAGCAGCUCAAGUCGGGGGCGCCGACGCUGGACCUCAUCAACGCCUGCAUCUCCACGUCCACCUCGGCUGCCGCCCGCAAGGACUACCUAUCCACCCCGCCCCGCGGCACCACCACCGGGGGAGAGGAUGGCGGCAUAGUGGACUUCAGGACGCUCAUAUCAGGCGACGCCACGCCAUCUGCGGUGGCGGCAGCCGCCGACGCGGCGGCGGCCGCCGAGCAGGACUCCCACCUGCCGCAGCUACGCCUCAAGUCGCUGCAAGUCGGCCUGCAGGAGUACCAGCUCAAGGAGCUGGCCUACGCCAUUUUCCUGUCCUGCGCCUCCGCCCAGGCCUCGCCCGGCCUGCUGGCUGACCUGCGUGCCAGCCUGGAGCUGAACGAGACGCGGGCGGCGGAGCUUCAGCGCAUCACUACGCUGGUGGGCCAGCACGGCAUCACCUCUCUGGCCUCCCUGGAGAUGCACAUCAGGCUGCUGCAGAUCGUGCGCCCCUCUGCCUUUGACAGCUUCCGCAACUUUGUGCGGUGGCGGGACACGGUCACCUCUGUCAUCUGGCUGGUGCUCAGCCAGGCGGUGCGGGACACGUGGGUGGCGGCGCCAGCAGAAGGCAGCGGCGGCAGCAGCGGCGGCGAGGCCUCGGCGCGCAUGCUGCUGGCGCGCCUCAAGGGCGGCCUGCGGCGCCUGGAUGUGCGGGUGGCCGACGACUAUGACGAUGCAGAGUAUGGGGAGGCGGCAGAGGCGGUGUUUGGGGCCGCAGACCAGCUGGCGCAGCGCUGCCAGACAGGGUGGAGCUUCCCAUGGGGCCUGCGCGCCCGGCUGGCCGAGCUGCUGCUGCGUGGCAUCUUUGACACGCUAGAUGAGGGGCAGUACAACGACCACCGCCAGGAGCUGCUGGGGAUACUGCAGGGCACGGUGUGGCGCCAGCUGCAGAUCACGCCCGACGUCCACAACGCCGUCUUUGCCUGGGUCCACUUCCGCCAGUUUGCUGUGAGCCAGGAGCUGCUGCUGCUGGAGGUGGCGCGGCAGGCCAUCCAGUCGGUCAGGACCGCGGGCGCCUCGCCGCGCCUGGAAGGCAGCGGCUCCCCGCUGCUGGUCACCAAGGAGGAGUACGACUCCCAGUUCCCUGCGGAGGUCAUGGCCUGCGUCAGCCAGUCGGUGUGCGAGGUGCUGGGCAACUACCACGCCUCGGUGGACGACCCGCGCGUCAUGAAGGGCCUGAUUGGCGUGCUGGAUGCAGCGGAGGCUGCUGGGGGGCGGCGGGACCAGCUGCCGCAGCUGCUGGAUGGCUGCAUCGCGGCCUCGGUGGAGGCGGCGUUUGACGCCAGCCUGGAGCAGCUGUCAGCCAACGUCUCUGCUGAGGAGGACCUCAUCAUGCUGCUGGCCGCCAGCUGCGCCGAGCUGUUCAAGCGGGAGGCGGCCACCUACUCGCCGCUGCUGGCGGCGCACCAGCCGCAGGCGCGCGUGGUGGCGGCCGCCACGCUGCACGAGGUCUACGGCGCCAAGAUGCUUCCCUGGCUGAUCGGGGUCAACGGGCUGACCAAGAGCGCGCUGGAGGCCAUCCGUGCGUCCAUGGCCCUGGAGGAGCUGCUGCUGGAGGAGUGCAGGGACAGCGAGGCGGCGCCCGACCCCUGGGGCACCAUGGAGCGCCUGUCGCCGCUGCUCUACACCUGGGCACAGGGCCAGAUCAGCAUGCUGGGUGGGUGGAUGGAUCGGAUUCUGUCGGCCGAGGACUGGACCCGCGUGUCCAAGCAGCGCGCCCACGGCUCACGCUCUGUGGUGGAGACGAUCAAGAUUGUGACGGAAACGCUGGAGGCGCUGUUUGACAUGAAGCUGGCCAUACCGGCGGGCGUGGUGCGGUGCCUGACCGAGGGCGUGGACCUGGCCAUGCAGAAGUACUGCGAGUUUGUGCGGCAGCAAGUGGGCUCACCCGAUGCCAUCAUCCCGCCACGACCACCGCUGACGCGGUACAAGCGAGAAAUAGCGGUACAGGCGGAGCAGCAGGCCGCGGCUGCCGCCAGCGGCGUGACGCCUGCCGGCCAGCUGUCCAAGAUGAAGAGCAAGGUGCAUGAGGCGCUCAACAUCAACUGGCUGCCGCCGCUGGGCACCACGGAGGAGGAGCGGCGGGUGAUGGCCUUCCACUAUGACGGCCUGGUGGUGCGCCUCAACUCUGUGCAGCACCUGAUGGACAGCCUGGGGGGCCUGGAGCGCAUGGUUGUGGACAGGUGGGACGACGGCCGCCCGCGGUCGGCCAAGGCGCGGGACGGCAAGUCGGCGUACGACUGGAUUGCGGGGAUGUUUGACGGCGCGCGCGCGGCGGCGGCGCGCACACGCGACCACCUGGCCCGCUUCAUCGCAGUGAGGCUGGUGUUUGGGGAGCUGCGAGACACCAUCUACGAACGGUUGUACCGCUUCCACGUCCAGGUGUCCCGCCUGGAGAUGGUGCUGCAGGAGGUGGACCGCCUGCUGGGCGACAUUUGCAGCCACGUGCACGACGCGCUGCCACCCAAGCUGGCCCGCGCCGUGUGCUCCGCGCUGGUGAGCGCGGUGCAGAGCGUGCUGCUGGACGGCGGGCCCUUCAGGCUGUUCACGCCUCAGGACGUCGACAUGUUGGAAGCUGACAUGGCGCAGAUGCGCGCCAUGUUCUACGCCGACGGCGACGGCAUCGGGCUGGAGGAGGUGGAUGCGGUGUGCCGCCCGCUGAGCGAUGUGGUGGACCUGAUGCAGCUGGACACGGGGCUCAUCAUCCAAAACCUCAAGCAGGCCAACGCCACACUGGGCCGCUUCCACAAGUCGCCGCGGGGCACCCCCGCGGCGCUGGACCCCGACGUGCUGCUGCGCAUCCUGUGCCACCGCGCCGACCAUGCGGCCAGCAAGUACCUGAAGAAGGACUACAAGAUACCCAAGAAGAUGCCGGGCGCGCUUUCCUCCUCGGUCAGCGACGUGGCCUCCAAGGCCGGCGGCGUGUUCCGCCGCGGCAAGUAG